UAUCACUUCGCAUUUGAAUUUCGAACGUAUAGACAAUGACAGUUAAGUGAGUAGCUCAUGUGUAUAAUGUACCCAACGGAAAAUAUAAAACAUGGACUAAAAAUAAAUCCGUUUAUAAAGGAAAAUAUGUUGAAAACUAUUCAGAAUCUAUGCUAUAAUAACACAAAUGUAAACAAUUUUAACAUGUCAUCACCUUUUUUGGUUGACAAUAUUUUGCAUCAACAAAAAUCGGUGAUACAUAAUCAAUACUUGAACCAAUUGGAGUUCUUACAACGUUCCAAUUUCGAAAGAUCCAGAGAGAAUUCACCAGAAAUAGAGGAAAGUAAAAUGCCUGAACCAGACGAUGACAGAAACGAGGAAACCGCAGACAAAGUAGACGACGACGAUUCUAAAAGCGACGAAGGCUUUGUCAAGCACGAGGUGUAUUACAACGAUUAUUAUCGUAAUGAAGAUCGCGAGAAAGAGGUUUUGAAUAUUCCAAAUUUGAAUCGUCGCUGUCACUGUGGUUCCUUCGACUGCCCGCCGUUUUCCUGUAAGAAAUCGGGCAUUAGGCGUUUAGAGGAGCUAGAAAAGAGGUUCAAUUUAAACAAUUAUCAAGAUAACUCCGACGAAGACGUUAGAGAAAAGACUGAGGACAUGGUAAAAAGUUGUGAUGAUUAUAACGAACAGAAAAAACCGCUUUUGAAGUUCAGUGUCAGUGCCAUACUUGGGGAAGACACGCUGAAAACUAAUGUCAAUGAUUACAGACAACCGAUGGUGGGUAACCCCUGGCCGAUAGCCAAACCCAUCGCCAGCCGCCCAAUCCCAGUACAGCAUCAACACUUGCAGCAUCUACUUGCGCACUGUCACCAUCCAUAUUUAGCAGUGAGGCCGUCGCAAGCUCAUACACAGGUCUUCCCGCUUCCAGGUGGUUUUCCAUGGGCACAUAGUUCUAGAGGAAAACCCCGCCGUGGUAUGAUGCGCCGUGCGGUAUUUUCUGAUCUCCAAAGAAAAGGGCUGGAGAAGAGGUUUCAAGUCCAAAAGUACAUAUCCAAACCGGACAGGAAGAAAUUGGCCGAAAAACUCGGAUUAAAAGAUAGUCAGGUAAAGAUCUGGUUUCAAAAUCGUCGAAUGAAAUGGCGGAAUUCAAAAGAGCGCGAGCUACUCGCAUCAGGCGGGUCCAGGGAACAAACCCUUCCGAACAAAAACAACCCCCACCCAGAUUUAUCAGACGCUGAGGCUGAUAAGCAGAAGCUGUCACCAUUACCCGAAGACGAGGAAUUAAAAAACAAAAUGUACGCGUCCACAUCGAACUGUCAAAAUGACAGUUACCGUUUCGAGGACAAAAUGGCGGCUGGUAUGUUUACGCGGGAAAACUAUCAAAAUGAACUCGAUGAUUUUGAGAGUGAUAGCGCAUCUGACGAGGAAAUAAAUGUGACAUGACCUGUUUUUGUAUAAUUGUAUAAAUCUAUAUUUAUAAUCUUAGAAUAAUGCUAGUAUUUAUAACCGAAUUAGUCAUAUUAAUUUAAGAUAUUUCAAUGAGAAAUCAAGUAAAAUAAAAGCAAAUUUCAUUCCAUUGUCACGUUAUGAAUUUGCUGUCAAAUAAGAGAUAACUUUUUCUAUUCUAUAUACAAAAAUUAUCAAUCUAACACAUGUACAGUGCCAUAUACUUUUCUUGGCCGCUCGCUCGGUCAGAGUGCCAGUAAAUACACAUUAACCAUUACAAGGAGAAUAAUUUAAUGUCAUGCCGGUUUACUUAAUAAUUUAUUGAAUAAUCUUUUAAUAAAUCAAUGUAUACUAGUAUCUUGAAAAUACAGUUCUAGGCUUAAAUAAAUGUGACACAAGCUUAGUAACAACUGAUAUGACAGGUUUUAUUACCAUUACUAUAAAUAUAAUAUAUGCAUUUUAAGACACCUAGCAAUCAGAGCUGUUCGAUAAUUAUAACUGUGCCAUUGUAAUUAAUAAGUGCAAGGUAUAAAAAAUAAAUAUAUAUUGUUCGCAUCAAAAUGGCGUCGGUAGCGCCAAUUUCAGCCGCGGGCCAAGAAAAGUAAGUAGCACUGUAGAAAUAACACUGCGUCAUUAGAAGUGUCAUACUUAACUUACAACCUCUAAGAGCUGUUAUAUAUCUGAAAUAUGCUGCGUCAUUAUGUAAAAGAAAAAUAAUUUAUUUAUAAUAUGUGUUAUUAUUUUAGUCUAUGCUAGAAUUGCAAAUAUAAAUAACUUUUGUAAAUUGCACCUUUGUAAAUAUAUUAGGUUUAUGAUAACGGUGUGAAUUAUCAUAUUUGACAUUGUGUUAAUAUUGAUAACAUUCUACGAUAAAAAAUAAUGCACCAUACAUCCUUUUUAGUUACGAAAUAAAACUAAAUGGGCGGUUAUUUUAUUAAUGUAAUCCAGGUAUAAUUCAGACGUUUUGGCGGGAUUUAUUAUUUCCAUAGAUUUUUUGGCAGAGGGAAACGUCAAUGACUAAACCACAGAAUACCGAAACUUCUUUGCUUUGUAAAAUUAGUAUCUAAAUGAAAUUUUGGUCAUGAUCUCAUUUGUUAAGUGUAAAA